GUGCCUGAUAAGCGAUGUAAUGCUAGUUCGGCAAGGACUGCGCAAUGUACUGAUAAGGGGUAGGAUAUAGGCCAGGAGCCGCGACCGUCAGACAUCAGACACUCCUGAACUACUCCAACAACAUGAACUCUUUCGUCAUCGUUUGCUUCGCCGCUGCUCUUCAGCUGUCAUGCGCGCAGUACUGCGGCUACGCGGCGCCCCCCGCCCCGCUAGUGCUCCCCGCUCCCGCGGCCCCCGCCCCCGCCAACCCCUGCGCGGUCCCCGCCGCACUUGCCUCGCUGGCCCCGUCCCUACCAGUCCUGGCUGGUCCUCUCGCCAACACCAUCUCUGCCUCCAUCGCUGCCACUCUCCCGCCCCUGCUGGAUGCUGCUCUGCCUAGCCUGCUGACCUCAGCCCUGUCUGCUGCUGGUCCUCUCCUCGAAGCCGCCUUGCCUCCAGGCUGUGGUUGCGGAGCUCCUCUAGCUCUUAGCUACGCGGCUCCCGCACCUUGCGCGGCCCCGGCCAUCACUUACGCGGCCCCGGCCCCGGCCCCCGCCCUUGCGUACGCAGCUCCUCUUGCCCUCCCCCCUCCCCCCAUGUACGCGGCCCCCGCUUGCGGUUGCGCCGCCCCCACAGCUUGCUUCUGCUAUUAAGUUGUGAUAAAAUGUUUUAAUAAACUGAUUGAAAAAAUAUUGAAUUCUUAUUUUACCGUCCCUGCUUAACCCCCACAUCUAUGCCAGCCGAGUAUGUACGUAAGUAAUAUCAGCCUAUAUUGUUGUUAGCUAAAUGCGGUUAGACUGGAAGCCGACCCCAACAUAGUUGAUGAUGAGCCUAUAUAUGUAUGUCCUACUGCGGAGCGCUUGUUGAUCAUUGAUCACUACGCUAGCUCACUGCGAGUUGGCGAUUUUAAAUACUAGUAUUUGGUAUCCACUAUCCAGGUUUACUAACGAUGUUUACGUUCACGAUGUGUCAGUGGUCACUUAGAAUAUUGAGAAAGUACUAUAUAUAACUUUGAAAUAGUCACAUUAGUAUUUUGCCUACAUUGGAAUCGAACCUACACCUUCUUGCAUAAAAAUCCAUAAAUUGUUGAAGAAAUAAAAACACUUUUCUACUAAUUGGUUACUACUUACUUAUUUGUGGUAGAAUUUAGAACCUCCUAUGAAAUUAUGUGCCGAUAGAUGGCGCUUUUAUUUGAGAUAUUUGGACGGUUAAAACAUUGGAUGGCAUAUAAUUUACCCGUAUAUUUUAAGAAAUUGCUUUGCGUAGGACCCCUCAAAGCAAUCUCUAACACAGGUUACAGAAAAAAACUACAAAUAAAACACCAGAAAAAUUUAAUAAUAAAAUCAUUAAAAAAAACUUUGGUUAAAGAAUUUAAACAUGGCGCUAAAUUCCAAACGCUUGAUUUCGGCACACA